GAGCACUGGGGUCGAUGUAAUCGAUUAGUCUCUCCCCUCGAUAAUUUCAGGUCGUGUGUCUCUUGUAGAAAGAAUUAUUUCCUGUGAAUGAAGCAGCUUGAAAAGCUCGCUUUACAACCAAGUGGUUUCGCCCACUACGCGGCACCUUGGGCAAGUGUCACCCACUAUAGCCUCAAACCGGCACAAUGCUUUGUGAGUGAAUUUGGGGAUGGAAACUGUGUGGAUGCCCGUCGUAUCUAUCUAUCUAUCUAUCUAUCUAUCUAUCUAUCUAUCUAUCUAUCUAUCUGUCUGUCUGUCUGUCUGUCUGUCUUGUUCGACUAAACCCUUGAAGGUGGUGUCCCAACAUGGCCGCAGUUCAGCGACUGAAACAAGUAAAAGGGUAAAAGAAUGAAAUGUUUAUUAUAAAAGCGCAUAUAAUCUUGAUCUUUUUUCCCCCCUCAAUCUCUUACUUCCCGUCUAAUCGUUUAUCUUUUCAACCUUCUUCGCUUACCUCAUAUCCUUCUCUACUCGGCUUUAUCAUGCUUUGUAAAUAUUCAUUGAGGUCAAAAUAUAAGUAAUCGACUUCCAGUAGUUUUCACAUUUGCCCUUCGACAACAAAAUGGAGCUUAUUGGCCUAAAUUCUAUGUCUAUCGUUAUCUGUGUCUGUCUGUGUCUCUUGUUCUUUGUUUCAUUCAAUGUCUGUUUGUCAACUUGUCCUUUUGUCUCUCUCUGUCUUUCUCUCCCAUCUCUGACCUAGUAAUCUCUCUUAUAACUGUACGCGCUCUGACACGCACGCAACGCGUACACGUAGACGUUCAUAUACACACUUGUGCAUGUCAUUUAUUAACUGCGAAGUUGCGUAAGUGACCCAAAUUACAGGUGCCGGUUGAAGGCAUUGGCAAAGCGGUAAGUAACUUCGUGUGUUUCGUGCUAGGAAGUAGGUGGGGGAUGAGGGGGGCUCCCUUCCCAUGCUCGGUGCACUGUGUAUGCAUUUGGAGUCUUCCAAGAAAAAACAAGGGGAAAAAAUAUGAAAAUAAUAAAAUAAAAUGAAAUGCAAUAUAAUAAAACAUUUUAUUCUGACAUUUAAUAAAUUGCAACAUACGCAUUGUUUCUACUUUUGCAGUGUUUUCUGCUUGUCAUGUAUAUAUACAUAUAUAUGGGAGAAUUUACGAAAAAAAAACAACAGACGAGGACAGGUGGUGUAAACAACAAAAGGAUGUAUUAGUUUAACGCUCUGGAAUACAGAAAGUCUUUAACGUUUCGAGCUACGCUCUUCAACAGAAAGAAUACGGAGAAAACAAGGAGAAAAACACGGAGAAAAAAACGCGGAGAAAAAAAAAAUAUAUAUAUAUAUAUGAUAAAACUGUUGGCUCGAGGAGUAGAUAUUAACACCGCUAAUGUGGAUGGGUUUACAGCUCUACACCAGGCAUGUAUUGAUGACAAAAUUGACAUGGUGAAGUUUCUUGUUGAAAAUGGUGCUGAUGUUGAUGUCUGUGAUAAUGAAGGCUGGACACCUCUCCAUGCUACAACUUCUUGUGCCUUUACUGACAUAACACAAUAUCUUAGCACCAGGGCCAAUAUAGCUGCUGUUAACAAUGAUGGCAAUCUUCCUCUUGAUAUAUGUGAAGAAACCAAAAUGGAAAAGUUGCUUCUGGAAGAAAUGAAUCGCCCAGGCGUGGAUGCCAAAGCAGCACAACGAGAAGAAGAAAUGAUGCUUUCUGAUGCUAACCAAUGGUUAAAUUUCAAUUGUAUGACAGAGCGGCCUCAUGCAAAAACAGGUGUUGUUGCUCUUCAUGUAGCAGCAGCAAAGGGCUAUAUCAAAGUUAUGCAUUUAUUAAUCCAAACAAAAGCUAAUGUGGAUAUCAAAGACUCAGAUGGUUGGACUCCUCUUAAUGCAGCAACUCACUGGGGCCAGGGAAAAAGCUUGCAAAAUAUUAGCUGACAAUUUCUGUGAUAUGGACUCAGAAUACAACGCAGAGCAAACUGCCUUUGAUGUUGCUGAUACUGAACUUCUUUCUUUACUUGAAGAACUCAAAAAGAAACAAGCUACG